AUGCUCCCGGACCUAGCCACCCGCCGCAAAAUCUGCGAAGACACGAUAAAGCGAACUGAAUCCAUUACCGCAAACACACCUGGCGCCUCACUGUCCAGCUCCUCCAUCGAUCUCACCACAUACCCUGAGCUUUCACCUAUGGAUCCUUCAUUCCCAGAUCUCUCACUAAACAACGUGGAAGUCAUUGAUUCCGACGCCUUCGCCUGUGCAAGAGCCAUGAUUGCUGCGUCACCGGAUUUGAGAGGAAAGAUUGCAGUACUGAAUUUAGCUUCUGAUGAAGAGCCGGGUGGUGGAUGGAGGUAUACGCUCAGCGCCACCCAAGAAGAAGCUUUGUGUUAUUCAUCUACAUUAUUCGCGACUUUGAAAGGGGAAUACUAUCCUUGGCCCAAUACUGGCGAGGGCUGCGUCCAAGGCGUGUUCUCGGGGGAGGUGGUGGUGUGGAAGGAUACUUUGGAUAAUGGGUGUGUGGAUCUGAAAGAGGGGGUCAGGGAAGUUGUUUCUGUGGUUACGGUUGCGGCGCCUAGGAACCCAGGACUUACGGAUGAUAAGAAGGGGUUUAGGGAGGAGGGAGUGCUGGGGGAGUUUAGGAACAAGGUUAAGUUGGUGUUGAGGUGUGCGGCUAGGGAAGGCAAGACAGGGUUGGUGUUGGGGGCACUGGGGUGUGGUGCUUAUAGGUGUCCGCCAGAGCUGGUUGCGAGAGAGAUGAAGGGAGUGUUGGAGGAAGAAGAGUUUAGGGGUUGGUUUGACAGGGUGGUGUUUGCAGUGUAUGGGAAGGAACCUGUGGGAGAGAGGAAUUUGGGGGUGUUUAGGGAGGUGUUCGAUGGACAGGGGUGA